AUGUGGCGACAGAAACAGGUACCAAUGGAUAUCACUGGCUGCGCCCUAAGAAGUGCAUUCUUACUGUUGUUCAUGGGGUUGGUGGUAAUGGCAUCAUCGGGCCCAUCUGGCACUGCUGCUCAACCGUUGGCAACUGGCACUGCUACCCGCCUGUUGGCGACUCUCCCGAGCUGUACUCAUUCCACCUACGAAGUGACACAGUUGCCUCCAGAAGAAAAAAGUGAACUUGCUCCCUGUGUUAUUGCCAAUAUCAAACCUGAACCUUCCGAGAACACUACAGUAAUCCCUCUGGUACAUGUAACACCUAUAUCCUGUGGUGUUGGCCGUGAUGGAGCACUCACUAGUGUCAAACUCCUUAAUGCUGGUCACGGUGUCCCGAUUGGCUUUGCCAAAGACCAUUUUGUCAAGUUCCACCUUGUCAGUGUGAUUGCUGGAGAUGCGCGCGCCGAUGGAUACCAUGAGCAGCAUGAAUACAUUUUACGAGGACUGGUCGAGGAGCUUCAAGCGCCAUACAUUGUAGGUUCUUGCUCUUUUGUGGCUUCUGUUGAAAAACCAGUGGCGGGGGAUUUGGAAGCCAUUUACAUGGCACAAGUGGGGCCUCCCUCUUUCUACCUUCCUUCCAACAGCAAUCCUUUUGUCUUUGGAAUCCACAUCAACUCCGAUACAUACCCCUUGGCCAAUGUGCAGGCAUUGGACUUUUGGGCGGCAAAAAAGAAUCCCGCCAGAGAUAUCCCUAUUCGUGUGAUGUAUCGAGAACAAUCAGAGUUCUUUCGGAGCACCUGUCAAUCGGCCAUUCGAGCGCUACAAAAAAGCGGAUUUACCAACAUUGAAACCAUGAAAUUUGAUCCCUUGGAAGAUGACAACGGAGAUGGUAUCGUGAAUGAGCUCGACGCCAUCACCCUGGGUGAAAUUGCGGAUAAAGCGUGUCCUCCGGAUCACCCACCUAACUUUCAUCCUGCCUUGUUUGUGUGCACCCGCACCGAGCAAGACGUAAUGUUUGAACGAUGGCGACAGAAUCGAUGCCGCCCUACUAGCAUCUGGCUAACAGCUGCAACAUGGACCUGGGCAGCUCGGAAUCCUGAAUUGCUCCCUUACCUCCAUGGAGGUGGACAAUGGCAUCCUGCCUUGGACUAUGGUGAUGAAAACUUUGCCAGUGGCAAGGAACUACUCCAACAUACUUACCAAGAGUAUGGAUACAAUGGCACGUACGAUCAGGUAGUGAGCUACGUAGUCCCCUAUCUCUACGCAAAGCACCUACAAAAUGCCUACAAAGUUACCACUCAUCCAAAUCCAUUGGAAGAUUUUGCCACGGCUGAGGGUCGUGAACGACUGAGACGGGACAUGAUGGUGCUGACGGCAGACACAAUCUUUGGCAAGGUUGCCUUUGACCAGAACCAACGCAAUGUGGGAAGAGGUGCCGCUGGGACGCAGUGGUUGCCCUUUGAAAAGGGUGAAUUUUCUGGUGGAAGGCGAAAGAAAGAACCAGCAUUCAACAAUCAAAGCGAUGCUGUUCUUGCCAAUGCUCUGGUAUCUCCUCUACUUCAGGCAGAAGCUUCGAUUGUGUUGCCAUCCCCAAGUGCCGAGGAAUGUGUACAGGGCAGCUUUCUCAACCACACGGCACUCAAAACCCAAAGUUCUAUCUUGCUGAGUGCUUGUGAGCUGUGCCCUUUUGACACGUACAUCACAAGAGACAACAACGUAGCCGGGUUUUGUUCGCCAUGUCCAGUAGGCAGCACAACCAAAGGACGAAAGGGACAAACCGAGUGUAUCCCCAAUGAAGAAUUCAAUUACAUUUCGCAGGGACUGCUCGUUGUGGGGUAUACACUUUUUGGUACUAUUACCUUUGUAUGCCUCGUCAUGGCCAUUUGGUUGUGGAGCCACCAGACAAGCGUUUUGGUGCGCAUCAGUCAACCCCAACUCCUUGUUUUGGUCAUUUUUGGUUGCUGGAUCUCAAGUCUCUCGAUUGUCUUCCUGGGAGUCCAAGCUGAGGUGGCAUCUGAUAUGGUGAAUGCAGCUUGUAUGGCCACACCUUGGCUAUAUGGGGUUGGCUUUGCUGUUGCCUAUGGUCCUUUGCUUGCCAAGCUACUCCGGAUCAUGUUGGUUUCAAGAGCUGGACGCAAGAAACAAAUGGGCAAGUCAGCUAGAUCGCAAAGAGCGGUGGGCCUAAAAGAAGUUUCUGGCCUAGUGGGCAUAAUCCUGAUUAUCCAGCUGGCAAUUCUGACUGCUUGGCAGCUUGAUUCUCCCAUCCAAUGGACACGAGAAGUCAUUGAAGAGGUAGAUGGCUUUGCUACAGAAAGUGUUGGGCGCUGUGAAUCCGAUCAUCAAAAUGCUUACUUUGGUGCUUUAGUGGGCUUUCAGCUGCUCUGUCUUCUUGGUGCACUUGUCCUGUCCUAUCAAACGAGGCACAUUCACAGUGACUUUGCUGAGAGCGGUUGCAUUUCUCUUGCCGUGGCAUUCACAUUCGAAGUUGUUUUGUUGACUGCACCCACCUUUGUCCUUGCACGAGAAAACAACAAUGUCAGCUACAUUGUGCGGGUUGGGGCUGUCUUUGUACAGAACUUUGUCGUUCUGCUGCUUCUGUUUGUGCCAAAAAUGAUCCGAGUGCGAGAAAGCAUGAAAAGUCCAUCUACCAGAGGUCCCAACUUCUCUUCGGAGAGUACAUAUUUGCCUCUAGCUUCUAUUACUGGUUCUAAAUGGGACGAGGCUACAGAUAUUCUAAACCGCAUGCUGGAUGAAAACAGUAAUGACUUGCCACAGGAACAACGCGAGGACUUGCAAAAGGUGAAGCAUGUUCUUUUGAGUGGUGACAGGGAAAAGAAACAAAACAAACUGAUGCAUUUGCCUGGAGGUCUGGCUCGGUUUUCCUUGACAACUGCUCGUUUUUCUGUCAAGAAGCAGUCAAAUAUGUUUCUCUUGCAAGAAUAUGGAGGGAUUGAUGUAACAAGGCGAUCUGUGUCUAGUGAGAUUGAGGCAAUGGAAGAACCUGCUGGGGGAUCCUCUAGUGGUGUCUACCUUCUUCCGGAAUUUGAGGCUCUUGCAUCCCAAGCUAUCAAAACCAGAGUGUCAAUCAUGCUUUCUUGGCAUGCACUCAAGAGAUGGGAUUUCAACGUUUUUGAUCUAUGUCAUCUCACAGAUGGGAACCCGUUGUUGUUUGUUGGCUGGGCUGUUUUGGGUUCUCCUCAUUCUCAGUAUGCCAUGGCUAGAGCAUGUGGCGAAGAUGUUGACCUUGAUUCCUUUGAGGGGUACAACUUUAGUGACUCAGAUCUCAAGAUUCCCCUGCAUACUCUAUGUGACUACCUUCGGGUGAUUCAAGAUGACUACAUCAGUGCGAACCCGUACCACAAUGAAACUCAUGCUGCCGAUGUUGUCCAAUCUCUUCAUGCUUUGCUGCAAAUGUCUGGAGAAGAACUGCAUGCAAGCAAACUUGAGAUCUUCUCAAUACUUCUUGCUGCUGUUGUCCAUGACGUACAACAUCCUGGAUCGAGCAACGCCUUUCAGGCCAAUGCAAGGACGGAUUUGGCUCUGAUCUACAAUGACAACUCAAUCCUGGAGAAUAAGCAUGUUUCGCAUGCUUUUGUGAAGAUGUUUGACACUAAGACAAAUCUCAACAUCCUUCGCAAGGUUGAUCGUUCCAAGGUUGCCAAGAUUCGAAACAAGGUGAUCAAGGCAGUGUUGCACACGGACAUGUCUCUGCAUUUUAAGACUGUCAGCGAGAUCAAGGGAGAUAUGAUGGAAGAAGAUUAUCUCAGUGAUGAAGAAACUCGUUGGGAUGUGCUCAUGUACAUACUCCACAUGGCAGACAUUUCAGGCCAGGCAAAGCCCCGGCCUCUUUCGAUCCUUUGGACCGAUCGGGUCAUGGAUGAAUUCUUUGUGCAAGGGGACAAGGAAAAGCAAUUGGGGCUUCCAAUAUCACCCAACUGUAACCGCCACACCACCCUCAAGGCAGAUUCGCAAAUUGGGUUUGUCAAGUUUGUCAUCUUACCCGCCUACGAAGUGUUGGGUGGAAUCAUACCACAAGUCAAAGAAAGGGUUGUCCCUAUAGUUGCAGACAAUUUGGAGUACUGGGUGCACCAAAGGAAGUUAGAGUCACCUGACAUCGAAGAAAGUACUGUUUAG